AUGGAGAAGGAACACUACAGCGUCAACGGCUCUGAUUCGCCAACCCUCAAAGCCCCAGCUCACAACAACUAUGUUGAUGCGCACACUGGCGUCGAGACGAAGAGUGGCCGGAUCGCAGAGGCUGCUGAUCUGUAUGGCAGCAUCGCAGAGGCUGAGGAAUACGGAUACGUGACUCGAGGUCUCAAGUCUCGACACAUCCAGUUCAUUGCUCUUGGUGGUACGAUCGGAACUGGUCUGUUCCUGGGUAUCGGAUCCGCCUUCACACGAGCUGGUCCUCUAUCCGUGCUUUUGGGUUACUCUUUCACUGGUAUUGCAAUCUUUGGAAUGAUGCAAUGCUUGGGUGAGAUGGCAACCUGGCUUCCUCUUCCUGGCUCCAUUCCUCAGUUCUGUGCUCGAUACGUAGAUGAUGCUCUUGGAUUUGCGGUUGGAUGGAAUAACUGGUAUAACUCGGCGAUCACACUCUGUGCUGAGAUAUCUGCCGCCGCAAUCGUGAUUGAUUUCUGGAAAGGCGCUGAAGGCAUCAGCGUGGCGGUCUGGAUCUCAAUCAUAAUCGUCGUUGUUGUCGGCCUUAACAUCUUCGCCGUUGCGAUAUACGGAGAAGCAGAGUUCAUCUUCGCUAGUAUAAAGAUUCUGACAAUUGUUGGGCUGUUGAUUAUGGCAUUCAUCGUUGAUCUUGGCGGCGGACCAAAACAUGACCGCUUGGGAUUUAGAUAUUGGAAGAACCCUGGUGCCAUGAAAGAGUACCGCUCAACCGGCUCAACUGGUCGAUUCUUGGGUCUCUUCUCCGUCCUGGUUAACGCAGCCUUUUCCUACGGUGGUGUUGAACUCGUUGCCGUUGCAGCUGGUGAGGCCGAGAACCCUCGCAAGAACAUUCCCAAGGCAGUCCGCAGGGUCUUCUGGCGUAUACUGUUCUUCUACGUGCUGGGUUCGUUGGCAAUCGGCGUUCUUGUUGCCUCGAAUGAUCCUCAUCUGCUGAAGGCUCAGGAAGAUGGAGCUCCUGGAGCUGCUCGAUCUCCCUGGGUCAUUGGCAUUACCAACGCUGGUAUCCCAGUCUUACCUUCCAUUAUCAAUGCUGUCAUUUUGACUUCGGCGGCGUCAUCCGCCAACGCGUUCUUGUACACUGGAUCCCGUUACCUCUUCGCUCUUGCGCAGAACAAGCAAGCCCCGCGCUUCCUCCUCCGCUGCAGCAAGGCUGGUGUCCCAUACUGGUGCGUCGCCAUCACCGCAUCCAUCUCAGCCCUCACCUACCUGUCCGUCAAUCCUGGCGGUCCUUCAGAGGUCUUCACCUGGUUUCAAAAUUUGACUACUAUCGCCAGUCUGUUCACUUGGUGCUCGAUCUGCAUCGCGUAUAUCAAGUUCUACCACGCACUGCAAGCCCAGGGCAUCGACAGAAACACUCUCGUGUUCAGAUCCCAUUUCCAGCCAUACACGGCCUGGGCCUCCUUGGUAUUUUUUGCCGUCAUCAUCCUUUUUAACGGCUUCCACAUUUUCGUGGGCGAGCACCACCAAUACUGGAACGUUACUGACUUCCUUGCCGCAUACAUCGGUAUCCCGAUCUUUCUCACCCUCUACACAUUCUGGAAGAUCUGGAAGCGCAGCCCUUUCAUCAAGGCCGCAGAUGCUGAUAUCCAGAGCGGAAAGGCGGCCCUCGAUGCCGAGGAUGGCCAAUGGCCGGAGCAGAUCCCCAGAAACAUCUUCGAGAAGAUCUGGUUCUGGAUUGCGUAG